ACGUAUCACACACGCGUUCGCGUAUCAUGACCCAUCAUAGAUCUACAAACGUAUCAAUUUAUAUAUAGGUGUAUAUAAUAUAUAUAUAUAAGUUUAUACAUCUCGUACGUGGAUGAACUUUUCAUUUUAUUUACAUAACACGCUGGCACUAAGCACAGAGGGAAUACGAAAUCGUUUUUUUUCCUCUCUACACACGAGACCACCGUGCACCUACGUCAGUCAUACCGCUGUCGUUGGUCCCGUUUCCGGAUUAUAUUAAUUCAGCGUUUUGCGUUCAUACUACUUUUUUUUUUUUAAAAAAAAAAAGGUGAAAUCAUGACAGAUUCCAUAAAGUUUGGUCCAGAGUGGUUAAGAAAUAUGUCUCAAGGCAUAUCGAAACCACAGCUUGCUGAACAUCGUUAUGGCCGAGAAGAAAUGUUAGCCUUAUUUGAUAUCUCAUCAUGUAAUAUUCCACCAGAAUCACUUAAGGAACUGUCUAUGGUGUAUAAUGACAAACCUCAAAAUCCAUUGUCUUUACAACAAAUGUCUGAAGAAGAAACUAGACUUUGGAAUCGAGGUAUAAAUAGUGAUACCAUUAUCAGGGCAUCUGUUCGAACAACUGGUGGUAGAGGUACUGCUAAUAUUGAAGUUCGUGGAGGUAGUACAAGUGCCAGAGGACGAGGUGGUCGUGGUGGUUAUUAUUAUAAUACUACACGGCCAGGUUAUGAAGAAGGCCCAGAAGGUGGAGGCUCACCAAUGAACCGAGGUCCACACAGACCUUUUGAAAGACUUAAUUCGAAUGAAAGAAAUAUGAAUCGCAAUGGUGAGUAUACAAAUGAUUGGAGGGGAAGAGAUGAAUCAAAUUGGUGGAGGAAAAAUAGAGGAGGAGCACAUCAAGGCCAAUCUGAUGAAUCUAAUGGUCGUUGGGGACGAACCCGUACAGAUUCUUAUAACAAUGACAGAUGGCCUGCCGGACGGCCAACAUCUAAAUAUGAUGAAGAUGAAGGAUGGGAUCGUGGUGAAUCUAGAUGGUCGAAUACUGCCACAACUCACGAACGUCGAAAACUUGAUUGGGGAGAAACCUUGCCGGAAUGGGCUGUUGAUAAUCCUGGUGAAAAAGGUGGAAGUUUUGAUUCAUCUGGUGCCUUCCAUGACAAUCAUUAUGUAGAAGAACACCACUAUAACAUAGGAGAUGAACUGUCACGAGAAGAGGGGCGAGAAUAUGAAGAAGAUAAUGAUAAUGGUGAUACAACUGUUAAUAAUAUAGAAAGCUCAAAUAUCUCACCUAUAGACGAUAAACAGCUAAAUGGCCGAGAAAAAGAAGAAGUUGUAUCGUCUUCAAUAUCUACUUCACCAUCGCAUAAUGAAGAAGUAGUUUCUUCCCCUGAACGUUUUAAAUCCAUGAGACAACAGCAUCAACAUAAAAUAAAUUCCCAAAUAACUAAAGAAGUAUUUAUUCAGAAUGAACAAGUAAUGAUUAAUCAUCCUGAACCUGUAAGAAUCCAGCAGAUUCCAGAUAUUCCAGUUAUUCAUAGCAAAAGCAGUCCAGCAAUUCCGCUUAUGUCUGACUGUCAACCUAAUAAAAUGGAAAAUAUUAAAAACUUGAGAGAGAUGCCUGGUAUAGGGAGUCAUAUUGAUAAUACUAAUAUUAACCCUAUCCACCGAUCAACGAGUUUAAAUGCUAAUGCUCAUCAUCGAAUUGAUACAUUGGAUGCUGAGGCAGAAUCAAUGGUAUCUAGAUUAACCAGUGAUAACUUUAAAAUAGGGCCAUCUUCACAUUCUCCACUCGCUCCUCUUACUAACAACAAAUGGUAUUAUAGAGAUCCUCAAGGCGAAGUUCAAGGUCCUUUCUUGACAACUGAAAUGGCAGAAUGGUAUAGUUUGGGAUAUUUCCAUGACAACAUGUUAAUGGUGAAGAGAGCGUGUGAUGAACAUUUUUAUUCCUUAGGUGAUCUUGUGCGAUUAAAAGGAAAUGUACCAUUUUCAGACACUCCAUUUUCGGAACAUGAAGUAAAGAUUAGUAGCCGUAUAGGAGUACAACCUCCUCCAACACACAGCCCUUACACAAUGAAUGAAUCUUUGGUUCUUCAACAGCAACAGCAACAAUACCAAUAUAGGCAAUUAUUUUUAAAGCAAAGAGAAUUAGCUAUUCAAAGUGCAGUUCAUCAACUAUCCCAAUCUGAAAGGUGGAAUACCCUAUCACCUAUUGAACAACAACAGUUGAUCAUGCAUCAUAUUCGAAAUGUAGAAGCAAACACAGCAAUUCCUCCAAUGUUUGCACCUCCCAUUCUUCAACAGCCACAGCCAACACCAAAUAUACACCCCAUGAACCAACCACCUAAUAACAAUUUAAUGGUAAUGUUAUCUCAUAUGCAACAACAGCAGCAACAACAUUUCAACCAUCAAAUUGAUCCUAAACAUAUUCAUUCUGUACCACCUUCUCAACCAAUGGCACAACAACUCGACCCUCUUCAUUCGCUUGUACAAAGUAUGGGAGGUCUAAAAACAUCCACACCACCACCAGUAAAUUCAAGUCACCACCAUCAAAGUUCCAAUAUUAUACGACCAAAUAGUGCUCAGCCAGAAAACAAUCCUAUAUCAGAUCUUUUAAGGCAAUUGGGUGCACCUCAAGAUAAACCUCUCAAAAUAACUGAAACGAGUGUAUGGGGUAUGGAUUUUACGGGUCCAGACAGUAAACCUAAAACUAAUGGUCCAAUCGGAAUUAGUGGUUGGCAAACUGGGCUUUCCAAUGAAACAUCUCAACAAACACCAGGUGUUUUGUGGGGAUCUGGAGAGUAUACCAAAAUUAUUGGGGCUGACCAUAAAGCCAUUGAAGAAACAAUAAAAGAAGAAGCAAGACGAAGUCAAGAAGCUAGAAAACAAGAAAUUAAACAAAACGAACAGAUUAAGAAAAGAGAAGCAGAGAAGUCCAGAUUACAAAAAGAGUUUAAAAAAAAACAAGAACUUGAAAAAGCUCAACUGGAAGAAGAAAAAAAGAAGGAAGAAGCUCGUAGAAUUAAAGAACACGAAAAAAAGUUAAAAGAAGACGCAGAAAAGAAAAGAAUUGAGAAAAAAAAAUUGGAAGAAGAACAAAUAAAAAAACGUGAAUAUGAAAAAAAAAUGAAAGAGGAGAAAGAAAAAAGACUGUCAGAAGAAAAAAAGAAAGAAGAGGAAAAACGACUUCUAGAAGAAGAAAAAAAAAGAAAAUCUGAUUUGAAAAAAAAAGAAGAACAGAAGAAAAAAGAAGAACAAAAAAAAAAAGAUGAUUUAAAACGAAAGGAAGAUGCUAAGAAACAUGAUCAGAAGAAAAAAGAAGAUGAAAAUAAAAAAAAAGAAGAUACCUCCAGAUCGAGUUCUGUUCCCAUAGUUACUGAGCCACAAAAGAAGAAGAAAAAAGAACCUCAAACAGUGGCACAUAAUGGUAUUGAAGCAUCUGCACCAUGGGCUGCUACAGAUAAAAAAAAACAAGUGCAAGUAAAGUCAAUGGCUGAAAUUCAAGCUGAAGAACAAAAACGUGAACAAUUGAUGAAACAAAAAGAACGUGAACGCACUGAACGAGAAUUAUCUAUGGUAGCAAUUGAACAGGCGAAACAAGAAAAAGCAAGAUCUGCAGUAAAAAUGCAGUCUUGGUCUACUGUAAUCACUAAAAAUGUUCCUCAGUCUAUUCCCAUGGCUAAUAAUUCUGUUUGGGGAUCAUCUAAUCAAAUGAAUACUGAUAAACCAAUGGUUCAAAAAUCAAAUAAAACACCUGCUGUGGCAGUUAAUAAUAAAAGUAAUGUAAAGAAUGUAGCAAAAACUGUAAAUCAAACAGUACAGCAAACAAACGCAAUGAAGAAAGCUAUUGAAAGUAGAGGUGAAAACAAUAAUUGUACCGACGAAUUUAGCCAGUGGUGUUGUAAACAUUUAGCAACUCUCAAUAAAAAUACUAUUGACAUACCAACAUUUGUGACAUUUUUAAAAGAUGUUGAAUCUGAGUAUGAAGUAAAGGACUACAUUCAGAGUUAUCUGGGUGAUAAUAAAGAAGUUCGAGAAUUUAGUAAACAAUUCUUUGACAAACGCCUAAAAAUACAAAAUAAACAAAGGAGUUCUGAUUUUGUGGAAAUGAAAAGUAAAAACAAAAAACGGAAUAAGAUGGUGCCACUAGAUAAUAAAGUACUUGGCUUUAAUGUGGUCGCUUCGGAACGUAUCAAUGUCGGUGAACUUGAUCUUGGCGAAUAGGAGUGAUCAUAUAAGUGAUAACAUAUCAGCUCGUUUUUAUGUAAUCUUGGUUUUUUUAGGAACGAUUUAGGCCUUGAAAAUUAAAGAAAACAAUCUUUAUUUAAGUAUUAAAUAUGUCCAUGUUUUUCGUUGAAAAUACUUUUUUUUAUUUGAUAAAUAUAUAUAUUUAAAUUAAUUAUUUUCUUUUUAUUAUUAUUUUUAAAUGUAAAUAUUUAAAAUUAAUAAUUAUACUAUUGUUAAUUUUUAAAAAAUUAAUGUUGUCAUACAUUUGUACAAAUGCUUGCAUAUAAUGUUAACAUUGAUUUUUUUGUUAACUGUACAAAUUUACCCAAAAUCCAUUUCUAAAAUCCGUUAUUUAAACUAUUAUUGUAAUUACCAUAAAAUAUUAAUAAAUAUAAUUGAGAAUUAGUAUAAUAUAUAAUUUUUUUAUAAAAAACUACCAGGUAUAAUUUAUUUUUAAAUAUUAAAAACUAGCGUACAUUUAUGAUAAAUCUUUAAAUGUUUUACAUUUUUAUUUAAGUUAUCAAAAAAAAACAGCUGUAUUGUAAGAUUUUAUUAUCAUUGAGUAGGUCACUGCUCGAACUAAGAUUAACAGGACUAGAAAUGAACGAUGGUGCACGGUAUACAAAAAGAUCCACAUCUGUUAUGAACACGGAUUAAUAUACUGGAUACGCAACGAUGCAUCUUAUCAAUGCUGUUUUUUUUAGUCUCCUGCUUCUCACGUUGCGGCAGGCCUACUAGCGCUUUAUAGGAUUAUUGUGUUAACGGGAGAAUAAUGAACUAUUAGUUACAGAACAAUCCUAUAAAGCGCUAAUUGUCCUGCCGCAACAUGAAAAGGUGCAGGCUUCACUCAUCACAGGUUCGUUGCGUAUCUAAUAUAUUAAUCCAUGGUUAUGAAAAGUCAACAAGAGACUGUAGCGCCUUCUCUUAGUAUUUGUCUCUUUCACCAGCUUCAUACACUGUUCUAUGACUAUUCAGCGAGUUUUUCAAUUUUGUUGUUAUAAACGCCACAAUCGCUCGUUAACUUUCUGUAACAGAUCUUGUUCAAAUGAUAAAGAUUUGUUUCCACUCCUGUUAAUCUUAGUCCAUGGGUCACUGUAAUGCUAGUUUUAAAUUUAAAAUCAAUGAUACAUAAUUACAUAUUAUGAAAAAUGAUUCUGAGCAGAAACUGCGCUAUAUUUUUAUUGUUAUUUUGUAAUUAUUUAUAUUACUACUGGUAAUUUUUUUUAUUUUUAUGGUAGGUUGAAUUAAUUUUUGGCAAAAACAUUGAUUAUUAUCAACUAAAUUAUAAAUCAAUACAGACUUAUUAUAAUAAGACUGUGUUGAUAGAAUUGAGGUAUAAAUAGCUAAACAUUGGUCUAAAUAUUUAAAAAGAUUUGAUGAGUACCGUGUGAUUAUUUUAUCGUUGAACACUCAUUAUUUCAAAAAGUACAAAUUGAUGUUGGUCCACUAUACCGCUCAUCAAAACUUUAAACACUCAUAACUAGGGCUCGGAUUUUAAAGCAAAUACUUCUUUUUAUAUAUAUAUAAAUUAGAAAUCUAAUUUUUAUACAUACAUUUGUUUCACGUAAUUCUAAUUCCAAAUAAACGAUUUUAUUUUUGCUUUU